AUGGCGGCGAUGACGGUUGGAGCUGCCGGUGGCAGCCGCGUGUCCAGCGGCAGGGACCUGAAUUGCGUCCCCGAAAUAGCUGACACACUGGGGGCUGUGGCCAAGCAGGGGUUUGAUUUCCUCUGCAUGCCUGUCUUCCACCCGCGUUUCAAGAGGGAAUUCACUCAGGAACCUGCUAAGAAUCGACCGGGCCCCCAGACACGAUCAGACCUACUGCUGUCAGGAAGGGACUGGAAUACCCUGAUUGUGGGGAAGCUUUCUCCAUGGAUCCGUCCAGACUCAAAAGUGGAGAAGAUCCGCAGGAACUCCGAGGCGGCCAUGUUACAGGAGCUGAAUUUUGGAGCAUAUUUAGGUCUUCCAGCUUUCCUGCUGCCACUAAAUCAGGAAGAUAACACAAACCUGGCCAGAAUUUUGACCAACCACAUCCACACUGGCCACCACUCCUCCAUGUUCUGGAUGCGAGUACCAUUGGUGGCACCAGAGGACCUGAGAGAUGAUAUAAUUGAGAAUGCACCAACUGCACACACAGAGGAGUGCAGUGGAGAGGAGAAGACGUGGAUGUGGUGGCACAAUUUUCGGACCUUAUGUGACUAUAGCAAGAGGAUUGCGGUGGCUCUUGAAAUUGGAGCUGACCUCCCAUCUAAUCAUGUCAUUGAUCGUUGGCUUGGGGAGCCCAUCAAAGCAGCUGUUCUUCCCACCAGCAUUUUCCUGACCAAUAAGAAGGGAUUUCCUGUUCUUUCUAAGAUGCAUCAGAGGCUGAUCUUCCGGCUGCUUAAGUUGGAGGUGCAGUUCAUCAUCACAGGCACCAACCACCAUUCAGAGAAGGAGUUCUGCUCCUACCUCCAAUAUUUGGAAUACUUAAGCCAGAACCGCCCUCCCCCCAAUGCCUAUGAACUCUUCGCCAAGGGCUAUGAAGACUAUCUGCAGUCCCCACUCCAGCCCCUGAUGGACAAUCUCGAAUCUCAGACAUAUGAAGUAUUUGAAAAGGACCCCAUCAAAUACUCUCAAUACCAGCAGGCUAUCUAUAAAUGUCUGUUAGACCGAGUGCCAGAUGAAGAGAAGGACACCAAUGUUCAGGUGCUGAUGGUGCUGGGAGCAGGCCGGGGUCCCCUGGUGAACGCUUCCCUGCGGGCAGCCAAGCAAGCUGACCGGCGGAUAAAGCUGUAUGCCGUGGAGAAGAACCCUAAUGCUGUGGUGACACUAGAAAACUGGCAGUUUGAAGAAUGGGGAAGCCAGGUGACAGUAGUGUCAUCGGACAUGCGGGAAUGGGUGGCUCCAGAGAAAGCAGACAUCAUUGUCAGCGAGCUUCUGGGCUCCUUUGCUGAUAAUGAACUGUCACCUGAGUGCCUAGAUGGAGCCCAGCACUUCCUAAAAGAUGACGGUGUGAGCAUCCCUGGGGAGUACACCUCCUUUCUGGCUCCUAUCUCCUCCUCCAAGCUGUACAAUGAGGUCCGAGCCUGUCGGGAAAAGGACCGUGACCCUGAGGCCCAGUUUGAGAUGCCUUAUGUGGUACGACUGCACAAUUUCCACCAGCUGUCUGCGCCCCAGCCCUGUUUUACCUUCAACCAUCCCAACAGAGAUCCUGUGAUUGACAACAACCGCUACUGUACCUUGGAGUUUCCCGUGGAGGUGAAUACAGUACUGCAUGGUUUUGCAGGCUACUUUGAGACUGUGCUUUAUCAGGACAUCACUCUGAGUAUCCGUCCAGAGACUCACUCUCCUGGGAUGUUCUCAUGGUUUCCCAUCUUCUUUCCAAUUAAGCAGCCCAUUACAGUACGCGAAGGCCAAACCAUCUGUGUGCGUUUCUGGCGAUGCAGCAAUUCCAAGAAGGUGUGGUAUGAGUGGGCUGUGACAGCACCAGUCUGUUCUGCUAUUCACAAUCCCACAGGCCGCUCAUACACCAUUGGUCUCUAG